GUAACGCACAGUCGCUAACAUCGCUGCCAGAUCGCGAUGAAGUAAGGAAAAGCCGACCAAGCGCUAUGCGGAUAGUUCACUUAAUAUCACUUUGGUGCUUGCUACACACCAGCGCAGCACUGGAGGAUAUACCACCGGAAUAUCUGCAAGCGGCAAAACAAAUAGCCGAAAGAUUGGUAACGACUUCACUAGGACCAUUGAGAGCCGACUAUUUUUUCAGAGUGGUAGAAAACCUGGUCGAAGGUUUACCUUCAAGACAGGCAUAUGUGUUAGCAAACGCUAUGUGUGCCGCAACUAUUGCCAGGGGCCGAGAUCAAACGCCGGAAUAUUAUGAACCGCAGCUGAAAGAUAUUAAUUUCCAAUUCCGUACACCGUGCAAAAGGCGUACAUAUCCUAUAGCAAAUCCCAGCGGUCUACUUUCCGAUCCGAAUUUUGAUCCAAACAAAAAGACCGUCAUAUUCUCAACCGGCUAUACGACCACAGUGAAUAAUGAACGCCACGAUGCCUUGUCUAAGGCAUACAAUUGUCGCGGUGACACCAAUUAUCUGGCGCUGGACGCUGGCGACUACAUAACCACGAUGUAUGUGUGGUCUGCACAAAACACGGACACAAUCGGUAAAUAUCUCGCUGUAGGCGUACAAAAACUCAGCGAGUUUAUAGAUGUCGCCGACUUGCACUUGAUGGGUCACAGCUUGGGCGCACAAAUAAUGGGCUCGGCGGCGCGUCACUAUCGCGUUUUGACGGGCAACAGUUUACCUUACGUGACCGGUUUGGAUCCCGCUUAUCCAUGCUUCAACGAAGGUGAGACGCUGACCACCAUCUCGGCCAGUGAUGCCGUCUUUGUUGACAUCAUACACACAAAUGCCGGUAUUAACGGCCAGUAUAAAGCCUACGGCGAUGUGGAUUUCUAUGUCGGUGGUAAAUUUCCAAUUCAGAAUGCCUGCAGAACGCCGCAGUGCUCACACGAAAUCGUUUGGGAGUACUACAGGGAGUCGAUCUAUCCCAAUAAUGAGCGCAAUUUUCUGGCAAGGCGUUGUAACUCGCUGUACAGCUUGCAGGAUGGUAGAUGCAAUGGCCCUGAGUUUCCCAUGGGUUUUGCUGUGCCGCAUGACUUAAUUGGCCGUUAUGUGCUUGAUGCGAACACGGAGAAGCCUUAUGGCCAAAAUGCUACUGCGGAUUAUACGAAUCCUGAUACUUCGCCCUGUGGCGCUUGUCCGUCUUCCUGCACUUGAGGAAGAGAUAUUUUUGUAUAACAUACAUACACAUACAUACAUAUAUCAUAUACCAAUAUUGUUCAAUUUUGUAUUUAUUAUGCUCUAUGGUGUCGGUAAAAAUAUUAUUAAAAGGA